AUGUUGGCAUCUGAGCCGUCUCGUCGAUGUACUGAGUUACACGAGACGGGGCGAGCUGUAGGCCCGACCACCUGUGGCAAUCGGCUACAAUUAUGCCUCGAAUUGGUUAUGAGAGCCACGCUAGAGGAACCAAACACCGAGACCACUGUCGCCGAGGCCGUCGCCGUAGCCGAUAACGGUGAGGAGAGUAGCAGUAGUAGUAAAUACGCACUUGCCCUAAAUAACACCUUAGCCAGGGAGACUACCUUCAGAAGUCACAAACAAUCGGCCAAUGUAGAU